GCAGAGGCGCGUAGGCACUUCCUGUGCGUCACGUCCGGCUCCCGCCCGCCCCCGGGUGUCCGAGCUCGGAGAGCCUGAGCUUCGCUGCUGGCGGGCCGCCAGAGGCUGGCAGCGCUCCCCCGUGCUGCGGACCGCUCGCUGAGGCCGCUCCGCCCGGGUCAGCGGCGGGGCACCUGGCCGUGCCGUCCGUGGGCGUGGGCGGCCCGCACUGAGUAAACUCCGUUGCAGCCCGCAGCUGAGGCGGGUCGGGGACUGGAUCGCCUCGCCCUGCAGGCAGCCCGGGGUUGGCACCGGCGCUCAGGUGGCCGACUUCCCGGGGCUGGACGCGCAGGGUGAGGGAAGACUCGUUUAUUGAGAACCUUGCAUGGGAGUGGGAGCUGGGCUGUAGCCUGAGUGCUGCCUACAUCUGAUACUGUCUUCACUACUGAAUCUGGCUGCCAUUAUCCACAUUAUUUACUGUUCAGUCUGCAGUUCCUGAGCCCUGAUUCUACAAGACCAACACGGCUGUACUUUGUGCUUAGUGUGAGAGCCCUUCCAGCUUUCGCCCUGAAACAGGCAGGCAUGCUGGGGUCCAUGUUCGUGCAGACCGGGACGGCUGCCUCCUCCUGCAGCUGUGUCCCGCUGUCUGGGCAGCUGGUUUGAUGCAUGUGGUCCAUCCUUGAGAGCAGCUCCUCAGCAUGCCAUCAUCCACAAAGCCCCAAUCACCGGAAGAGACGGGACCUGGCUGCGAAGAAGAGCCGAAAGGAAACACACUUCUCACGUGGGGCUCCCUUUUCGGCCACCGGAGUGAGAAGAUUGUCUUUACCAAAGGUGAUGGCAGCCCAGAGGAGAGUCUGCUCACUGUCACCAUCACAGAGACUACUGUCAUUGAGUCGGACUUGGGUGUGUGGAGUUCAAGGGCCGUCAUCUACCUCACGCUCUGGUUCUUCUUCAGCUUCUGUACACUGUUUCUCAACAAGUACAUCCUGUCCCUGUUGGAAGGAGAGCCCAGCAUGCUAGGUGCUGUGCAGAUGCUCUCAACGACAUUAAUUGGAUGUGUUAAGAUAUUUGUUCCUUGCUGUUUAUAUCAACACAAAACCCGGCUCUCUUAUCCACCCAAUUUCAUCAUGACAAUGCUCUUUGUGGGCCUCAUGAGGUUUGCAACAGUGGUUUUGGGGCUGGUCAGCCUAAAGAAUGUGGCAGUGUCCUUUGCUGAGACAGUGAAGAGCUCGGCUCCCAUUUUCACCGUUAUCAUGUCUCGGAUGAUCCUGGGGGAGUAUACAGGGCUGCUGGUCAACCUGUCCCUCAUUCCAGUCAUGGCAGGGCUAGCCCUGUGCACCGCCACGGAGAGAAGCUUCAACAUUCUGGGGUUCUCAGCCGCACUGUCCACCAACAUUAUGGAUUGUUUGCAGAAUGUUUUUUCAAAAAAGCUUCUCAGUGGGGACAAAUACAGGUUCUCGGCCCCGGAGCUGCAGUUCUACACCAGCGCUGCUGCUGUGGCCUUGCUGAUUCCAGCAUGGACCUUCUUCAUGGAUGUCCCUGUGAUCGGUAGGAGCGGGAAGAGCUUCAGCUACAGCCAGGACAUUGUGCUGCUGCUGUUGACGGACGGAGCCUUGUUUCACCUUCAGAGUGUCACUGCAUAUGCCCUCAUGGGAAAGAUCUCCCCUGUGACUUUCAGCGUUGCCAGCACUGUGAAACACGCCUUGUCUAUCUGGCUCAGCAUCAUCGUUUUUGGCAACAAGAUCACCAGCCUGUCUGCCGUUGGCACCAUCCUUGUCAUAGUGGGUGUCUUCCUCUACAACAAGGCCAGGCAGUAUCAGCAGGAGACCAUGCGGAGUCUGGUCACAGCCACCAGCCGAGGCCCUGAGGAUGACACAGAGCCGCUGGCUCCCCAGGACUCUAGACAGCACCACUGAGCUCCUGAGGCUGCGUUCCCUGGAUCCCAGCCUAGGCUAUCCUCUGGCACUGCAUGCUGGGAUAGAAAGGCAAACUGAGCAGGGCAGCAAUCUUGCUCCUCGCUGGACAUCAGAUGGGUAACUUGAGAAUUGGCCUCUGCCUGACAGAGGAAUCAAACGACCUGCAGCAAUCCUGCCAUACUACCCAGGCUGCAGCUGGGACAGUACCUCAGUGGGGCCAGCUGUGAGACAAGCACAGGCCCCAGUACCAGCGUGAGUCGCUCUCUGCUUAAUGCCAUUCAGGAGACCUCAACUUUUAUAUGCCCACCUCCAUCGCAGGCAUGGAAGCCUCCUGGUCCUGACAGUCUCUGAAACAGAAGUUCCAGAUGCCAGUUCCAUGACUCCAGCAUGGAGCCACAAAACCCUGAGAAACCAGAGUGGCAGACAGCAGAGACCAGUGUCUUCUGCCACAGAGGGACAGGGUUUAUGUGAAGGGAAAGUCUCCUCUUCUUGGCCUGUGCUGCACUGGGCUACCCUGCUCCAGGGCUGCUGGCCCACGUUUCUGCUGCCCAUGUGAUGGUUGCCCCACUCUGGGAAGGUCGGAGAAAUGUCUGAUUUGAACAGCUGCCCUGGAGUUCUUCUCCAUCUUGGGUAUGAUAAAUGUGAAGCUGUUGUGAAUGUCAGGGCUGACUACCCUGCAAAGGCUCCCUUCAGGAUGGACGAACUGGAAGUUUGGCAGAGCAUUGGAGCUUACAAGGUUCUGCUGCAGUUAAAGUAACACUGCUUUUUAACAAAGCAGGCACCUGCCAAGGGUCCUGGAGUGCCUGCGGGUAAGGUGCAUCGAAGUUUACACACACAACUGGCUCUUCCUCGGGAUCAUAUGAGGCAUGUCCUGAGCCACCAGGUGCCCAGAGCCUGUACCUUCUCACCAGGGUCACUAGUGCCAGCUCAAGGCAGAGGGAAGAUGACAGUGGAGCCUUGGGCAUGAAAUGCUGAGGUUCUACAUUAGUCAUCAUUUUGUGAGUUGUGUAUGGGGUGCAACCUGUGGCCAGCCGGUUCUUAAGACUCACCAUUAAGCCAAACUCUGAGACCUGUGAAUGGUAGCCCCCAGCACUUCCUGUCCCAAGCCCCACUUCUACUCGCUGCACUUCUUCAGUGCCCUGGUGCUUUGCUAGUUUCCAGGUUCUCUUCUUAUCUGGGAAACACAAAAAUAGCCCUUUGAAGAGAUAGAUUGAAGUGAAAAAGCAAUAAUUAUGUGUAAGUUUUAUUUACUUGAAAAAGUCAUCUGCCAUGAUGGAUCAAAAUGAGGCCUUCUAGUCUGCAGGCCGCCUUUUAAAACAAGAUGAGCUGAGUGCUGGGCACAGGCUAGGUUCGUCCUCACUGUGUAUGUGAGCUCACCCCACUACGAAGACAUUGUAUUUGACUUUGCCCAGCUUUCUUGUUCCUUCCUCUUUGCUCUCCCCAAAAUAAAGAUCCAGUGGAGGGCAGAUAGUGGCUGCUGGAUUAGUCUGUGCACUAGGCCUGUCUACUCACACUCUGGCUGUGGAGCUGCUGACACAGACAGAGGAGCGCAUGCUUGGGUGCUGUAGGAAGAUCUCUGGCCUUCCCCCAGAACUUGUCUACGUGUGCUCAGAGCCUCAGAUGCCUGGCUGCUUACUUUUAGUGGGAAUUUCUGCCUGUAUCGCCUGUGUAAUUAGGAAAUGGCCCACUGUGAUGACACAAUUCCCCACUUCACCAGCCUCACAGCCCAUUUUGAUUUCCUAAGGUUAUGGAUUAGAAAGGAAAACAAAGAUUUUCUUAAAACACUUUGCUGUAAAGCUGCUUUUGAGACUUGCCCUCAUCAGAGGAGGGAAGGGCUUGCAGUCUGAACUCAGGCCAGCACCAGGAUCCUGGCCAGCUUUACAUUCCUUCUGUAUCAUUGCCACACCCAGCUGCUUCCUCCAGCAUUUCCAGGACAGGCCUGGAAUGGCCCUGCUUGGCCAUUUGUUAGGACCAUCCCAUCACAGUAUUUUUUACAUUAACUUUGUUAGUACUUUUACAGAAUACAGUGUUCUUCGUGGAUGGUUACUAAUGUACAUGUGGAACCUCUGGCACCAGGUGUUGUUACUUGUCUGAGAUAAUUCCUCCUGAGCCCAUGUCAUCCUCUGGGCUGUUGUAAACAACGCUGGAUGGACCUUCUGAGCCAGCUGCCUGCUAAUUCACUAUACCUAAAAUACUUCUAAGGGCUCUAGAGAUGGCUUAGUGGUUAAGAACUAGUUCUCUCACUAAGGACCCAAGUUCAGUUCCUAGAACUCAUGUAGGGUGUCUCACAGCUGCAUGUAACUACAGCUUUACAGAUUUGGAUGCCUCUGGCUUCUCUGGGUGUACACAAACAGGGCCCAUGUAUGUGCGCACACACACACACACACAAUUUAAAAAUAAAUACAUUUUAAGACUUCCA